AUGAGCAGAAUCAGAGUUUCAAACCUUGAUGGAUUUCUCAAAAACCUCUCCAUUCCUUCUCCUUCCACAAAAACCUUUCAUUCCCUUCAUCAAAAUUCAAACACCACCGAGAAACCCAUGAAACCCAAGAAAAAUGGUUCCCAUUCUCCUCCUAUUACCAGAGAAUACAUGAGGGACAUAAUUGGGAAUAUUUACAGAACCCUAAAGUAUUCAUCUUGGGAUUCCGCUGAGCGAGAGCUUGAAAAUCUUCCAUUGAAAUGGGACUCAUACACUGUGAAUCAGGUUCUGAAAUCACACCCUCCAAUGGAAAAAUCAUGGUUGUUCUUCAAUUGGGCUUCUCGUCUCAAAGGGUUCAAGCAUGACCAAUACACUUACACAACCAUGCUUGAUAUUUUCGGUGAAGCGGGGAGGAUUUCAUCCAUGAAACAUGUUUUCAAUCAUAUGCAAGAGAAAGGGAUUAGGAUUGAUUCUGUUACUUACACUUCAAUGAUGCAUUGGCUUUCCAGUUCUGGGAAUGUGGAUGAGGCAAUUGCGUUGUGGGAUGAAAUGAAAUCAAAGGGAUGUUACCCAACUGUUGUUUCUUACACUGCUUUUAUCAAGAUUCUGUUUGAUAAUCAUAGAGUUAAGGAAGCUACUGGUGUUUACAAGGAGAUGCUUCAAUCUGGUUGUGUUCCGAAUUGCUACACUUAUACAGUUCUUAUGGAUCAUCUCAUUGGCUCUGGAAAGUGCAGAGAAGCUCUUGAGAUUUUUGAAAGGAUGCAAGAGGCUGGAGUUGAACCUGAUAAAGCUGCGUGUAAUAUUCUGAUUGAAAAGUGUUCUAAAGUUGGUGGGACUGAGUUCAUGGCCCAUAUACUUCGGUAUAUGAAAGAAAACCAUUUUGUUCUUCGUUACCAUGUUUUUGUGGAAGCAAUGGAAGCUUUUAAAAUUGCUGGUGAAAGUGAUACCCUUCUAAGGCAAGUCAAUCCACACUUUUAUUUGGAUUGUAGCUUUAGGAAGAAGGCAAAUGUCAGUAACAUAGUCACUGAUGAUUCCUCUGCUAAUAUUGAUAAAGAGCUUUUAUUUGCUCUCUUGAAAAAUAGAAAGGUUGUUGCGAUUGACCACUUACUUCAAGGGAUGAUGGAUAAGAAAAUAGCUGUAGAAAAUAAGGUUAUCUCAACCGUUAUAGAGGUAAAUUGUAAUUGUUCUCGGCCUGAUGGUGCUUUGUUGGCUUUUAAGUACAGUGUAACAUUGAGAAUAAGCCUUGAGAGAACAGGAUAUAUUUCCUUAGUGGGAUUGUUAAACCGAUCAAAUAUGUUUCCAAAACUGCUGGAAAUUGUUGAGGAAAUGACUAGAGCUGGGCAUUCUCUUGGAAUUUAUCUGUCGUCACUUUUAAUUUAUAGGCUUGGUUGUGCUAGGCAGCCGUCUAUUGCCUCGAAGAUUUUCAAUUUAUUACCUGAUAAUCAUAAGUGCAUUGCUUCGUACACUGCUUUAAUUAGUGUUUACUUAUCUGCUAAAAGAGUUACUAAGGCACUUGAAAUUUACAAAAUCAUGUGUCGAAAAGGAAUUUGUCCUACGUCAGGCACUUAUAAUAUAUUAGUAGCUGGUUUGGAAAAAAAUGGCAGAUAUUCUGAAGCAGAACUUUAUAGGAAAGCAAAGAAGAGCCUACAUUCUAAAAUUGGUUCUCAAGAAAAUCUUUACACAGAGGGAAAGAUAUGUAACCUUCUAUUUGCUGGGGAUGUAAUACUUUGA